AUGGCUGGGGACCAUCACCGGAAAAGGGGACACGCAAGACACGAGCACUACGACGAUUCCCAGUAUCCCCCUGUUCCUGGCGAGGAGGACGAACGCUCAAGAGCUAUCCCCCAUCACCCACGACCACAGAUGGCAUCCGCUGCGGUAACCCUACCGUCUAUUCAGGACCCCCACGCUACCUAUGGUCCCGGCAGUAGCAGAUCUUGGGAUUCUAGAACUUCUGGCUACGGCCCAUCACCUACCUCUACGAAUGGAUAUCCGCCCCCUCCAGGCAGCUCUAGUUAUUCUCCUGUCGCCAGCAGCUCUGGCUAUCCCACCCCAGGCUCAAAUCACCAACCCUAUCUACCACCUGUUCAUGCACAUGCUUCAAGCUCGAGAGGGGGCUAUCCCGCCGACCCUCGAGCAUCACAGCACUACGCAGCACCAGCACCUGGGUCCUACAAUGGAGCCAGCGCUUACGACUACGCUUACCAACCGGAGCGUGGCCCACACGGUGGUUAUGCUGACUACGCUGGACCGUCAGGCGCUGCCGUGAUGCAACAAUCUGCGCCGCGACAGCGAACAUCAAUUGCGUGCAAGUACUGUCGGCGGAGGAAGAUUCGUUGUAGUGGCUUCCAGAAUUCCCCUGGAGGGAAAUGCACAAAUUGCUUGAAGAUGAAUCAAGAGUGCCUUUUCCAGCCGGUUUCAUCCUCGUCGUCCGCUGCCUUCGUCUCGGUGUCGGCUUUGACCAACGGCAUCUCCCCUGGUAUGCAAAUUUAUGGAGCAUAUGGGCAACCUUUGACGGCGGCAUCGAAUCAUCCUCAUGGCGGCGGUGGCUACGUCACGACGCCGCAGUACGAUCAGCCGCUUCCAUCGCCGACUGGCUCAUAUGCGUCUUACACCGAGGAGAGAGUUGAGACGGGCAGACGUCGCCACAGAACUUCGGAUGAUGAUCAUGGGCUACGACUCCCACCACCAAGCUCGUUCCCCGAAGACGGUACACGACGACGAUCUCCGUCGAGCAGUAGCCCGGGCCAUCUGCAGCCGUAUCCGCAAAUACCGGCUCAACCCGUGCCGCCUUAUCGGUAUGACAACCGGACGCCUGAACCCAGAGGGAGUCCGUCUGGUCCUCCCGCCGGCGGAUCAGGGAACUCGGUCAUGAGUCUGGGAAAUAUAAUGGACGGUCCUCCAUCGGCGAGAGACAUCGACCAGAAUAUGCUGGGCCGACUGAAUCGUCGGAAGCACAAAUGA